AGUAUUGUUCUUGAAGUGUGGAAACAUGAAAAGAGGCGAGGGUAGCUCAUGACAUGUUCCUUGAAGGAAAAAAAACGCAGUUGAAAGAUUGAAGCUCGAGAUGUCGGGGAAAGGCGCAAAGGGUUUGAUAACUGCUAAGAACCCUUCUUCCUCUAAGGACAAAGACAAGAAAAAACCCAUUUCUCGCUCCUCAAGAGCCGGUCUUCAGUUCCCUGUUGGACGCAUUCAUCGUCUUCUGAAGUCAAGGGUGACAGCACAUGGAAGAGUUGGGGCAACAGCUGCAGUUUAUUCUGCUGCCAUCCUGGAGUAUUUAACUGCAGAGGUGUUGGAGUUGGCCGGCAAUGCGAGCAAAGAUCUGAAGGUGAAGCGUAUUACCCCUAGACAUCUACAGCUCGCCAUCCGGGGAGAUGAAGAACUUGAUACCCUCAUCAAAGGAACAAUAGCUGGUGGGGGUGUUAUUCCUCAUAUCCACAAGUCCCUUAUCAACAAGUCUUCAAAGGAAUGAGGAGGGUUUAUACAUUAUUUGAAUCAAGAAAUUGACUGUAAAUUUGGCUAUAUCUUUUGAUAUGGAUAAUUUGCUCCCUGCAUUAGUUUGGUUGAACUCAACUUCAAAAGAAAUAUGAAAAUGUCUUAUUUCUUCAUUUGAAUUUUGUGAA